UUAGCAAUAAGGUAAUUACACCUACACACACUAAACUGUCUCUCCAAUAUUUGAAAGUCAAAGUCCAGAUUAGGUAAGACUGCUUAUUUGGUUUAUUCAGUGAUAAGGUAGCUAUAUAAACCUGCACACACUGAACUGGCUCUUAAAUCUGAUGAGUCCUCUGAUUAUCUAGUGAGUAUUUGUUAUGAUCUCAACCACUUAUCUAUAUGUUGACUUGUUUGAAAUCUCGUAGUUCAGAAGUUCUAGGUUAGUCUUAGAAAAUCAUUUUAAGCAAGCAAUUGAAUUCCAUUAAACUAACUCAAAAGCAACCAUUUAAACACUGCUUGAAAUACGAAUUGGGAGGGUUAAUGGUUAAUAUUAGAUUCUGUGUUCGACAUUUAACUGAAAAGAUGCCAACAACAGACAGUCUAAAGAUGCUGGUCCUUCUCAUGAUGAAAGUUUUGUUCCCAUGUGCUCAUAUUCAGCUGUAUCUGUAUCUCAACAUUCUGAUAUUUUUAGCAAGGCUGGAUUUUAAGGUUGGUUUAAUGCAACAAACUGGCGCUAGAUAACAUUGAUUUAUCAGCAGCAUUAUCAGCAGCACUCACAGCUGAAGUUGUGAGUGCUGCUGAUAAUGGCGGGUAAACUAAAACUACCAUUUCAGUAUGGAUUCUCCAUAUUGCUGGUUCUUCUCAAGGGGGUUGAAAUGUUGGACCUUGAUCAGACCAACCUGAAAUGGCAGACCUUUGAUGGGUCUCUCCCCAAUGGAGCAGUCCACAUUCAAAACGAUAGACGCACCGACUACGUUUGCAAAUACGGGGUGCAGGCCGGCUUCUACAGUCCUAGCUUGGAUCCUUACUGCCACUACCCCUACGCAGAACACGAGCUUCGUAUUACCCCGUUUGAGAUCCUGGUGAACAAAGACAACUUUGAGAUUUUGGAAUGGAAGGACGGCUCCUAUGGUUCAGUUCCUCAGAAUUCAGUCUACACCUCCUCCAACAAAGGCAUAUAUGUUGGGAAGAACCAGUAUGGUCUUGGAAAGGUGCAUGUUAAAAAUGAGGCCUUCUUCCUUGCCUGGGGAGGUUCUGAGUAUUGGUACAAGCACUACCAGGUCCUGACCGUCAACAGAGAUAUUAUCAGGGAGCAUAUUCUUGAUGUCAAGUAUAUCACAGAUGGGGUUCAAAUCAUUCAGGAUCCUCCAGAGUCCCUGGACACGUCAGUCAUCACUAACAGUGGCUGCCAGGAAGUGACAGGGACAGCUAGCCUUGAAAAGAAGAAACAAGAGGACCAAAGGUGGGACACCAGCUUUUCCAUCACAACGGGGGUCACGACUAGCAUGACUGCAGGAAUCCCUGAUAUCGCCUCUACUACUAUUGGGUUUAGCCUCGAGACAACCUUCCAGUUCACCACAGGGACCACCAUCUCCAAGUCAACCACCUACAAGCUUUCUGUUGAGCACACAGUCCCACCAAACCACUCGUGCUCUGUCAAUAUGGUGGGACGAAAGCACACUGCAGACCUCCCUUUCACUGCAAAUGUCCAACGUACCUACAGAAACGGGAGGACCACUUCCACAUCCAUCUCUGGGACCUACAGAGGCGUCCAAAUGGGAGAAAUCCGGGCUGAGGUGAACCGAUGUGAACCUCUUCCUCAUCCUAAACCCUGUCCCUAAGAAUAAUAAGGAGCACAAAAAUAAUCUAUUAAAUGACAGUCCUGCAUUGCCAUCUUCCUUCCAUCACUACUUGUUCUUGUUCACGGUGGUUGCUAAAAGAAGUCAAUCCUGGAUGAAAAGAUUAUUCUUUGAGACUACAACACAUUUUGAAAUGCUGCAAUACACUCACAUUGUUCAAAAGAAGUUUAUUCUGUGUUUGUAUGUGUCUUGAUGAAUGUUUUGAGGCAUAAACAAUCAAACGAUUUCAAUUUUUUGUGUUUGUUCUUUCAUUUUAAACAGAAUAUUUGCUUGUAGUAAAGUCUGUCCUCCUGUGUCCUGUGGUCCAACAAUGAACUAUUUAAUGCCAUGACAUUUUGCAACUAUAUUCUUUAGAUGUUCC